AGUAAGGAGAAAGAGGGGGAGACGUCACAACUGAAAAGGCAGUAUUAACUAAUACAAACAAAUACUGACCAAUCACUUCGUGGGCUGGUGUUUGUGCUUCAAGCCUGGAGACUCACAGCUCUGGAGGCGAGUGAUAUUAUCGGCACAGGACAUGGCAACCAGCUGUUCUUCUUUGCUAAGGAUCGGAGUCAUAGGAUAUGGACGUUUAGGGCAGUACCUGGUGGAGAGGAUCCUCAAAGAUGGAGCUGCUUUUGGUUUGACUCUGGCUUUUGUUUGGAACAGAAAUGUGGACAAGAUCAAAGGUUUACUUCCAGAUGAGCUCAUACUUGGUGAUCUAUCAUGUUUUGCAGACAGGCGAUGUGACGUGAUUGUAGAAGUAUGCCAUCCUCAGAUAGUGAAAGAAUUUGGCCUCCACUUCCUGUCUCAGUGUCAUUUCAUGGUGGGCUCUCCCUCUGCCCUCUCUGAUCCUGAUCUGAACGAGAGGCUGCGUCAGGCGGCUCAGCAGUAUGGGAGGACACUCUACAUCCCCAGCGGUGCAUUAUGGGGAGGCCAGGACAUCCAGAGGCUGAAUGAUAGUGGGACCUUAAAGGCUUUGUUUAUAAGAAUGUCCAAGCAUCCGUCCUGCUUCCGGCUGACAGGAGACGUCCUCUCUGACUGGGCGGAGGGAGAGGGCAGACGGGUCUUAUUCAGAGGCUCGGUGGCAGAGUUGUGCCCACUGGCUCCUAACAAUGUCAACACCAUGGCAGCAGCAGCGGUGGCAGCAGGAGCACUCGGCUUCACAGGUGUUCAGGGAGAGAUUGUGUCUGACACGGCAUUAAGUGACUAUCAUGUGGUGGAGGUGGAGGUGACUGGACUUAAUGGCUUCUCAGUACACACGGUGAGGAGAAAUCCAGCCAGACUUGGAGCUGUGACUGGCAGUGCAACAUACAACUCCUUCUGGAAUAGUUUACUCGCUUGCAAAGGUCACGGGGGCCGAGUUUACUUGUGCUGAAGCAGGUGAGGACUCCGGAGGAAAACCUGCAACUAGAGGGUCCACAGAAAAAUUCAGAUA